AUGUCCCUCCGCAAUCUCGCCCGAGCGGCGCCUCGAACAGCCUCUCGCAUUGCCUCGUCCACUCCCAAAUCCAGCUUCAUCAGACCCUCCCUCCAAAUCACACUCCGAACACCCCGAACACUCCGCCCACAGCAAUCCCAACACUCCUCUUUCCGCCUUUUCUCAAUAUCGCACAAACUCCGCGACGACGCCAGCCAAGAACUCGCCGCAAAACUCUCCUCCGAAUACGCGCUUGAAACCGAAGACAGUGCCACCCCCGCCUCCAGCGACGAGAACAUCCAAAACUUCCUCUCCCAAAACCCGCACUGGAACCUCCACGAUCUAGACCACAACCAAGAAGUCCUCCUCACUCGAAGCUACGAGGAUGAAGAAAUCACCGUCUCCUUCAGCCCCGUGGACUUCAACACGCCGAUGGAGAUGAACGAGGGCGAGGAGAUGGACGAGGUGGUGAUGGAUGAUGAGGAUGUCUCGGCACAAUCCGGGGGUGCGAAUACGAAAGGUGCGAUCAAUCAGGGCAAGACGAGCGGAGGCAACUUCAAGGUUGCGCCGCAGGAUUCCAUCGCGCCGGCUGAUAGGGAGGAGUUGCGGAGUGAGGAGGAGAUGGAGGGGCAGGAGAAUGAAGAUGACCAGCCGGCUUUCCCGGCGAAUGUAAAUGUUUUGAUCCAGCGAAAGGGCAAGGGUGCCCUCCGCAUCAACCUCAUAGCCGACACAGGCAUGUUCAACAUCCAAUCCGUCACCCACGUCCCCGACAGCAAACACACCAACGGCCUUUCCGCCUCCGAGCUCAUUCGGCUCGAUACACCGAACCUCUACACUGGCCCUCCCUUCCAGCAACUGGACGAGGAGGUGCAAAGUCUACUAGAGCAAUACCUGGAUGUGCGCGGCAUCAACACGCAUCUGGCGUUGUUCGUGCCGGAGUAUAUUGAUGUCAAGGAGCAGAAGGAGUAUCUCGGGUGGUUGGGACGGGUGAGGGGGUUUGUGGAGUAA